CCAACGACGGUCCCCCGCAUAUCAAGCCAGCCGUCGGCUUUCUAACCUGCGCUUUGUGCGCAGCAUAACCCUCCCCGUAAAUUACGACAGUGCGAUGUAUAUCGUGUGCCGCUUUCGCACCCUGCGCAUCCUGGCAACACCCAUCAGCACUCUCGCAAGUCGCAAGCCUGUAAAUGAAAAAAAAAAAGAAAAAAGAAGAGAGAGAAUCCUAUAAAAUCCCUCUAUCAGAUUCCCGCUGAAGAAAAAAAAGAAAAAAAAAAAACAUUUCACUUUCAUCUGCUCUCUCUAUCUGUCGCCGGCCAUGGAAUCUCGAUCGAGAAGCGUCUCCAGCUGCAGAUUUCUUCUCAUUUCUAUCUUACAGGUCAUGUUAUUUAUAUCUGUGGUGGGAGCAGACACAUCAGAGGCAGGUUCCCAUAUAAAGUCUGAUACUCCAGCACUCCAAAGCAAUUCUGGAGGAUAUCGACACCUGUCUGGUUGUGAGAAAUGUGGUGAUGGAAAGGACAUUGACAUUAUUGUGACUUACACGGAUGUUUCUGGUGACAUUCGAAUAGCUAACAUCAAAUCAAAGGACUUGUCCCCUUCCUGGGUCUGGGAGGAUCCGAACAAUAAGAACCAUGACUGGAUAAAUGACAGUCAGGGGAGAGAAAAGCCAUUUCAUGUGACGGAUGGAUCGGAAGAGAGCAAUAGAACUUUUACUGAUGAACAUAGUGAAGGAGCAGUUCAAUAUAAACGAGACACACAAGUUAGUCCAGUAAAGAUACAGCGUCGGAAAAUGCGACAGAAAAGACGAGAAGAGCGAACUGCAGAACUAAUCCGACAGAACCCACAGACAGAAAACCAGAUGCAAGAAGCAGCCAUCGAACGCGCAAAGCAGUUUAACAACACUGUCAGGGGGAAAUACAGCAUAUGGAGAAGAGAGUACAGCAACCGGCACUCUGAUUCGAUUUUGAAACUUAUGCGGGAUCAGAUCAUAAUGGCCAAAGCAUAUGGGAGCAUUGCUCGGUCCAAAAAUGAGAAUUAUCUGUACAACUCUCUGAAGAAACAUAUCAGAGAAAGUCAAAGGGCUAUUGGAGAAGCAAAUUCAGAUGUUGAAUUGCAGCCGGGUGCGUUUGAACGAGUGAAAGAAAUGGGUAAUGCUUUAUCAAUGGCAAAAGACAAGUUAUAUGACUGCGCUCUAGUUGCAAGGAAGUUACGGGCCAUGCUUCAGACAACCGAAGAGAGUAUUACUGCACUGAAGAAGCAAAGCGCAUUCUUGAUUCAACUUGCAGCGAAGACACUCCCCAAGUCCAUACACUGCCUCUCUCUACAGCUCACAACAGAUUACUUACUGCAGGAUCGUGGUAGCAGAGAGGUUCUGGAUGCAGACAAGAUUGAGGACCCUGCUCUCCACCAUUAUGCCAUAUUCUCGGAUAACGUGCUUGCCACAUCUGUGGUUGUUAAUUCCACUACGCAACAUGCACAGGAACCUGAGAAGCAUGUCUUCCAUAUUGUCACAGAUAGGCUGAAUGUUGCAGCUAUGAAGAUGUGGUUUCUUGUCAAUGCUCCAGCAGAUGUAACGAUCGAAGUUAAGAACAUUGAUGAUUUCAAGUGGCUCAAUUCUUCAUAUUGUUCUGUUCUCCGCCAGCUUGAAUCUGCACGGAUAAAAGAAUACUACUUCAAGGCAAAUCACCCGUCCACCCUCUCUGCCGGGGAUGAGAAUCUCAAAUAUAGGAACCCAAAGUACCUGUCUAUGCUGAACCAUUUGAGAUUCUACCUACCUGAGGUGUACCCGAAGCUUGACAAGAUACUGUUUUUGGAUGAUGAUAUCGUCGUUCAGAAGGAUCUGACACCUCUUUGGUCCAUCGAUCUUCAAGGGAUGGUGAAUGGUGCAGUAGAGACCUGUAAAGAAAGCUUCCAUCGGUUUGAUAAAUAUCUCAACUUCUCGAACCCAUUGAUAUCUCAGAAUUUUGAUCCAAAUGCUUGUGGAUGGGCGUUUGGAAUGAAUAUGUUUGACCUCAAGGAGUGGAAGAAGCGGAACAUGACUGGAGUCUAUCAUCGGUGGCAAGAUAUGCACCAGUGGCCGAAGCGUGCUGCUUUUCUUGUUGUCCCACAUGCCAAUGCUUCUUUUCCCUGGAGACCUACAUGUUGGUGUUUGCACUAGGAUGAGGUGUUUGUCUGUCAUGAGCUAGGAUCCUUUGGCCUAUCAGGAUGCCUGAGCAUGGAUUGCAGGGGAUAUGCCUAAAAAGACAUGAAUACAAAGGAUUGUUCUACCAUAUAUUAUGAAAUGAUUUACUGCACAUCCAGCUCUCGUUCCAUAUAUGGAUACAACAACAUGCAACACAAGCAGACAAUGAACUCUCCUUUUCCGGUUAUUUAUUUAUUUUUUAGAGCAUGAACUUGAAGCAAAUAGAUGGCUCUUUUCCAUGCUGGCUCUGAUGAUGACUUGCUUGGAUGAGAGUCUCUGAAUCCUAAGUUUUGGGUCUCCACUUCCAUGAGAAAAUAUGUUUGGAGAUCUCUGUCAGGGACUGCUCGUCAAGUGUCUACCUCAAGAAACCAAUUAGAGCAUCUCUCAGGAUUUUUAUAGUUCCUUAGCAGCUGCUUCACUCACCACCAGCGUCUUCUUAGUAACAUCUCUCCUUUCUCUUCCCCAGUCCAUAGAAGCCAAGGCCUCAGCUCAGGGCAUUUACAAAGUUCAUACCAUGUGUUUCUGGAUUGUUAGCCUGCUGGAGUCUUAUUGCUCCUGAUUCAGUCCCAUCUAUUACUCUUGCCUGAUGAUGAUUGCUGCCCAUCAAUUGGGGGUGAUUCUGAGAUUGCUCUGCACUGCGCAACUCCUUUGCAAAAUCAACAUGGAUGAUUCUGCCCCUAAACCCACCUCGUUGAGAUGAUUGAUAGCUCUCUGGGCUUCCCACUCCCAUUUGAAUCUAAUAAAAUAAAACCACGAUGUCUGCCAGAUAUUUUGUCCCUUGGUAAGAAGGUAUCAAUCACCUCCCCAAAUGGUUUGAAGCAUCUGGUCAAUUCUUCUUUUUUGUUGUUGAAAGGAAGCUUGAUAGGAGAGGGUGAUCAGAUCCUUCUUUGGAUGCCUUUCAAGUUCAAGAGCUCUCCUGCAGUCCACCUUCGUGGAGUUGUUCUUCUUCUGUUAGCACAAUGCUCGAUUUGUCCAGUAGUUGACACAUCCGGACAAAAGAGUAAUGGCCUUGGUGUAAGCAUCAAUGGCAGCUCCAAAUUGAUCUUUCUCAAAGGUGUUGCUGUCUUGAUUCAGAAGUUCGGCUUGCUUGGCUGUGAUUGGCACCACCGGUACCAUCCCCCUCCCUCCUUCCCUCUGAGAUCUCAGAAAAGUAGAAUAAAAUCAGAGGGAUUUUAUUUAUAUUUAUAUUUUUCAGUCACCGUAGACAUCUAUUGAUUUUCUGAAAGUCAAAUCUGACACCUUCCAACUAUGUCGGCGCCAAUAAAUGCAUCAUUCUCUUAGCAAAAUGAAGUACUCA